AUGCGAGAUUUUAUGCGGAGCAGCUGGACGGAGAUGCCAACUGGUGCCUUCGGGUCUAAGUUCAUGAAGCCUGUCUGCAUGAAAGAGGGUAUCCCGAAGAUCAAGAAACGCUCUAUGCAGGACAAGACCACCCAAGCAUUGCCCGAUCCCCCUGAUGGUGAAGCAAAGGAGGACAAUGCAGGAUCAGAGGGACCUAAACAGCCCGAGGAGGUUAAGGGAGUUAUGAAGGAGCCAGAACAGGCUGAACUUGGAAUCGGUUUGUUAUAG